AUAAAAUACUAAUGUACGAUAAUAUUACAACUGAACAACGACCUACACUAUAUAGAAAUUCAGAUUAGAAACAACAAUAUUAAACAACAACAACUAAUGAUUCUCAUUUACAUCAUUUGACUCCAAUGACAGGAAUGAAAACAUAUGAAUCACCAUCAAAACCAUAUGCAUCUCCUGAAUAAUAAACAAUGGCAUAUACAACCUCACCUAAUAAUGUGAAUUCAUUUGUAUCACCAAUAAGACCCUAAAUCUUGCAACCAUAAUUAAUUUCACCUCAAAAACCAAUCCCAACGUAUAUCAAUUAAUCACCAUAUAUUCGACCAUAAUUUACAUCAGUGUAUCCUAUUUAAUUACCAGUUAAACCCACAAUAGAAGAGAUUCAUAUAAGUGAACAUCCAGUUUAAGUUAUCAAAAGAGAUGAAUUAGAUAGAGCAUAUUAAGAAAAGAUUUAAAAAUUAGAAAAUCAACUUAAUAGUUUAUAAAUGGAGAAUAUUAAAUUAAGAAGUGUUUAAGCUACUGAAAAAAUAUCAAUUGGAGAAGAUGUUACUAGAAUAAAUUAAUUGAAAGAAGAAAUAUAAAGAUAUAUGAAAAUUACAUUUGAAUUAUAAUAAGAAAUUGAUAUAUGGAAAAAACGAUAUGCUGAUUUUGAAGCUGAAGUUAGAUUUCAAUAUGGAGUUGAAUAAGAAUUAUCCAAUACUAAAAGAGGUAAUUUAUUUGUAUAAUUAAAAUAUAGAUUUAUAAGAGACUAAUAUCAUUUUAAAUCAUGAAAUUAAGAUGCAAAAAGAUUUAGUUUUGGAAUGGUAAAAGAAAUAUAAAGAACUUGAAUUUAAGAUUUUUGGAUUCAAUGAAGAAAGCAGUGUCAUAUAAAAGACUAAAGAAUAAUAAAUUAGAGAAUUAUAGAGUAAACUUGCUUUAAUGACAACAGAAGUAGAGAGAGUUAAUGUCUUGAAUGAUUAAAAGAAUAAUGAAAUGGAAAGAUGGAAAGGAAGAUUUUAAGAUAUUGAAACUGAAUCAUUAGAUAAAGAUAGUAGAUUGACUUAAUUAAAUACUGAAAUGAGUAGAUUAAGAUAAGUUAUUGAUAAUCUUAAUAGAGAAAAUGGGUUACUCAAAACUAAAAUUAUCAAUCCUACAGAUUUUUAAAAUAAAAUCAAUUUACAACAAUAAUAAAUUGAAUAAUUAUAAUUGAAAUUAAAAUAAAGUUCGUAGGAUUAUGAAAAUUUAUAUUAAGAACAUAAUUAAUUACAAUUAUAAGUUUAAUUGAAUUAAGAAAAUAAAGCAUAAUAAUAUAAAGAUUAGAUUGCUAAAUUAGAACUAGAAUUAAGAAAAGUUUAAAGAACUUUCUUGGAGAAGGAUCAAUAAAUAAAAGAGUUGAAUGAAAAAAAUGAAGAAAUGGAAACAUUAUUAUAAAAUUAAUAGUCAUCCUAAUCAAAAACGGAGACUUACGUAACACAUUAUGUAAAUGUAUAAAUUUUUUACUAUAUUUAAAAUAGGAGGCAAAUUAAUGGAAAAAAAAAUUUGAGGACUAAAAUAAGAAAUAUUUUGAAGUUUAAGAGAAAUUGGCAUUUGCUGAGGCAGAAUUAUAAUCAAUUAAAAAAAGAUAAUAAACGUAGCCUAAUGUCGCUCAAACAGUCUAUGAAGUCAAAAAUACUUCCUCAGUUAGGACAAAUAACAUGAAUUAGACUGCCAGAAUUCCAUGA